AUGUCAGACAUCGGGGACUGGUUCAGAAGCAUCCCUUUGGUCACCCGGUAUUGGUUUGCUGCUUCGGUAGCUGUGCCUUUUAUUGGGAAACUGGGACUGAUUGAUUUUAGGAACCUUAUGCUGAUCCCGGAACUGGUUUUUAGCAGAUUUCAGAUCUGGAGACCAGUGACAGCCACCCUUUAUUUCCCUAUUACUCCAAACACUGGGUUUCUAUACCUGGUCAAUCUUUAUUUCCUCUACCAGUACUCCACUCGGCUAGAAACAGGGGCGUUUGAUGGCCGGCCUGCCGACUAUGUCUUUAUGCUCCUUUUCAACUGGAUCUGUAUUGUUAUAACUGGGCUGCUGAUGGACAUGCGGCUGCUGAUGAUCCCAAUGAUUAUGUCAGUUUUGUACGUCUGGGCCCAGUUCAAUAAAGAAACGAUUGUGUCCUUCUGGUUUGGAACUCGCUUUAAGGCGCACUAUCUCCCUUGGGUCAUCCUGGUCUUCAACUUCAUAAUCGGAGGCUCGUUUGUGAAUGAGCUGACGGGUAACCUGGUGGGCCACCUCUACUUCUUUCUCAUGUUUAAAUACCCCAUGGACCUGGGAGGACGCUGCUUCCUGUCCACACCAGAGUUCCUAUAUCGGUUCUUUCCGAACACAAGAGGAGGAGUAUCCGGGUUUGGAGUUCCUCCGACCAGGAGACCAGUUCCCCAGGAGCCAGCCGCAGGAGGAGGGGGUGGAGGACGUCACAACUGGGGACAGGGCUUCCGCCUGGGGGGGGAAUGAGAUCUACUCUCCCUCAACUCCACCAACAAACAGCCCAGCAGUUGAUUUUGUUUCGGCUAAAAUUCUUGCUUCCUCAUAUUUACUGUUUGAAAGAGAGAAAAAUUUUUUACCUCAAAUUUAAUCUGUGCGUUAGAUCCUAAAAGAUGCUCCAGGGUGAAAUCAGAGGAAGUUUGUAUUUUAACCACAACUGCUUUGCACUGCAGGACUCAGACUCUGGCCACUGAUUUUACUACUGCACGUGUUUCUGUGUGAAGGAGCCAGACAAAAACUAACUGUUCAUAUCCUGCCACCCUCUCCUUUCCAUCUUUCCUGUCCUCUUCCGUCAUUUUCUCCUCCACAUGCCAUCGGUCGGGAUAUUGCAGCUGCACACAUUGAUUCAGACUCCUCCCUCGCUUACAAUGUAAUUUCAGAUUACAUUGUAAUUCUCAAUGUGCCGCCAUCAGCAGGAGGACUGAGGCUGUUUAAACUGUAGCUGCCAGGUCUGAGUUUCCAUAAGUGUAAAAUAAUUUGGAGCCAUUGAGCGAAGAGUUGGAACUUUUUUUCUGUCAAGAGACACGAUCUGAAAGAGGUGAAAAUGAUUUAUUUUGUAAAUACAGCUGUUUAUUGAAAAUA